AUGGAAGGUUCAAUGCCAAUAAAGCGCGCUCUGCAUCAGAUUCAAGAAGAUGUCGAAUGCGUCAUGGAUGAAAUGCGGAAGAAGGUUUGCUCGGUCUCCUCCAAUGAAAUAGUCGCAAAUUCAGAAGCAGCGUCUGAAGACUUUGUUGAAAAAUUUCAGAUUAAGGUUUACGAUAACGUAAAUGAGCUUAAGUUGAACGACGUGAUCGAGGUAAUUGGGAUCUACAACAAUGAGAAGCUAGAGAUCGAUGACAACAGCGGCGGUAUGGAAGUCGAUGGCAGUAAUGAUAAACAGCUGCUUCCACCACGGAUCCACGUACUGAGUUACCAUAAACUGACGCAUUUUCAUCCUCAGUUUUUGCAUAUGGACACUUUGGAAAGUAGCGAGGUUCGUCGAUUGGCCAUUGACAUUGGCGCGACGAGACAUCAGCUGCUUGAGCACCUUUGCGACCUAACUUUCGGCGAUGAUCUGGCGGCUGAAUAUAUUCUGUAUCACCUUUUGUCCUCCGUGACAACGAGGCAUGCGAUUUUGGCUGUUGGCAUGUUCACGCUCAACCUCUAUGCUGUGUCUGAUGACUUCGAGGGACUGAACAACGGCAGAUUUGUACCUUUGAAAGAAUAUAAAACAGAUGAACUAUUAUACGGCAAGUUGCAGCUUUCUGCGGGAACAGAGGUGGUUUUGGACGAGCUUCAGAUGAAGCCGGGGAAACUGAAUAGUCAAGGACUAAAAAACUUAGCAGCCCUCAAAUCCGUUAUCGCUGAUCAGAAGUUGGAUUAUGAUUUCGUUUACCAAACAGUAGAAAUCCCUACUGACGUGAACGUGAUCAUCGUUUCCGAAGGGAAAUCCAUGUUGCCGAGCGAUUUUCAAGUUCUCGUGAAAGGCGUUACAUCCGAAAGACGUUUAGCGUUUGCUCGCGACGAGAAAUCACUGCAGGCUUUCCGCGCGUACGUUUCUCUUCUUAAACUUGGUCGCUAUGACAUCCCUCAGGAAAUGUUGAAGGAAAUUCAAGAGAAUUUUGUCGAGAUGAGGCAGACUAAUCCAUCGAUUACUGCAGACAAUUUAAAUCGAACGUUGGUCCUUGCUCGUCGGUUUCUUUUACUGAUCACAGUGGUAUACUAUGGUCAUCGCCAGGCGGGAGCGCCUUCCCUUUUGAAGUGCUGCACGGCUGCAGAAGUUUUUCAUCUGACCUGA